UAACAGAUUUAACUUCAAAUUUCUUAUUGAAUACCUGUUUUGUCUGAAGUUCUAGUUUUAUUAUUUUCAUUUUUCAAAGUAACGUGUCUUUUAAACGCUUCCUUCUUAUUCAACACACUGUGUUGAACGUUGGUAAACUACCUUGAGCUUAGCGGACUACCAGCUCAGCGGCAUUCUCAGUAACUUGCGAGGUGUCCAGUCCAAUAAACUGAACAUCAGGCCAUGUCACUGUACGAUGACCUUGAUAUUGACAAGGAAGAAAAGGGAGGGGUGGCAGCUGGCUGGUCAUCCAACUACAAGUUGAUGAAGUCCCAGUUGCAAGCAAAGAAGGCAUCACUUAUCCAGACAAAGUCGUCAAGGAAACAGAGUACCUUAGCUCCAGUAGCAGACUUCAAGAAAGUAUCAGACAACUCUGAUGGCUCUCUCAAGUUUAAUAUGCUCACUGGAAAGCUGGAGAAUAUUCCACGUGAGGAGAUUGUCCGUAACAGCCCUGCACUAGGGGUUUCACCCUUCUUGCCAUCCGACCCCGUCCCCUCACUGACGGGGGUGAAAGAUGAGUACAACCCACUGAGGCCCAAUGACUAUGAGGAACUCAUGAAGAAGAGGAAGGAGAAAUCACGAGAUCGGGACGAGGAUGAUAAGAGACGCGAUGACAGACGUGGAAGAGAUCGUCGGGACAGGGAUCCUGGGCGGGAAAGCGUUGGCGAGUUGGAGCGGGCCCGACGCAGACGGGAAGAUGAUGAGGACAGCUAUGAAAGACCUGUCAGAAGAAAGUCAGAGAUGUCUGGUGCAGCCAUAGCCCCUCCCUCAAUACUUCUGGAGGAACCCCCAAUCAAACCAGAUACUCAAUUCUCCGAUGAUGGCGCGAUUGGGGGAAUGGCAAGUACUGGGGGGCUUUCAGUGGCUUCAAAGAUCAUGGCAAGGUAUGGUUACAAGGAGGGACAGGGACUUGGCAAGUCUGAGCAAGGCAUGAGCACAGCCCUGUUUGUGGAGAAGACCAGUAAACGUGGAGGAAAGAUUAUACAUGAGAGAGAUCUUCCGAAAGAUACACCGAGAGAGGUUCAAACUAAUGCCAACGUAUUAAGAAAUCCAACAAAAGUCGUACUGCUAAGGAACAUGGUAGGCCCGGGAGAGGUUGAUGGUGAUUUGGAGGGGGAGACAUUCGAGGAGUGUGGAAAAUAUGGCAAGGUCAUCAAGUGUCUCAUCUUUGAGAUGCCUGACACCACUGAAGAUGAGUCUGUUAGAAUAUUUGUGGAGUUUGACAGGAUCGACUCAGCGAUCAAAGCAAUUAUUGACCUGAACGGAAGGUACUUUGGAGGAAGAGUAGUGCGGGCGUGUUUUUACAACUUGGACAAGUUUCGACGAUUAGAUUUGGGCGCAGAUGUGGAAAACCCACCCUAGACCUUCAACUUAAACUCUGAUACAAGAUGUUUUAUAGACAUGUUAAAACACAUGGAUAGUGAACUUAUCGAAAUACAUGCAGUGACCUAAGAAUACUUAGUGUUGGCACGAAUGUUUCUACACUACCCAUUGGGGAUGAGGAGUAAACUGAUAAAAUUAAUCACUGUAUAAAUUCAAUCUAUGACAAAAACUUUGUAGGUUGGUUUUGUUCGAAGCCCUCUAUUUGAUUAACUCAGAAAUGAAUCUGACGAUUCUGUUGGUUGAGACAUUAGCACACAGACAUUAUUGUCCAGUAAAGCAAAAAUGAAAACUACUACUCAAAAUUCUGAUCACUUUAUAAGUCAUCGAAAUUAGUCUUUUUGGAUGAACAAGCCCUAUGUUCUACUACAUGGAAUUGCCUUGAACACAGGCUUUCUGUAUAAAACCAAGAUUUUGAGCAAGCCCAGAAAGCAUCUACUUUUGUAUGGCAUCUGACAGUGAAUAUCUGUCUAAUUUUGUUAUAUAUAGACAAGCUCUUGUACUUAAAUACAAUAACAGACAAACUGUACAUUUCCUUUUCAAUAUUUUUUAGGUACCAAGCUCUGUACUGAGGUCUACUUGUUCUUGUUUUAUGUAUGUUUUUAUAGUUGAUAUACAUGUACCUACAGUAUAUGAAUAAAAGGGUGUAAAGAUUAA